AUGAUGUCGGUUCACCUUAGCUUGGACCAAAAUUUCUGCUACAUCUAUUUUCAGACGGCCAGCAAAUACGACUCCAACCAAGCUCAUGAUUUGCUGGAAUGGAUCAAAAAGGUAACUGGGGAACAAUUCGACACGGACGGAAACAGGGACAACUUUCAAAAGGUUCUGAAGGAUGGCGUUCUGUUGUGCAAGCUGAUUAAUGCGCUUCAACCAAACACAAUCAAAAAAAUUCAAAAGCCGAUUUCGAAUUUCGCUUGCAUGGAGAACAUAAACUCGUUCACUGAGGCGUCGAAAAAAUUUGGAGUUCCAACCGAGGAAACGUUUCAAAGUGUCGAUCUGUUCGAGAAUCGUGAUCUGUACUCAGUGUGCGUGAACCUGCUUUCAUUGUCCAGAAAAGUAAGUCUAGACAUCUUUUUUUACUAG